AUGUCUGACGACAACACCCGACGCCACUGGCACGGAAUCCCCGGCGACCGUCACGAGCACCUGAAUGUCUGGAUGAACGGCGGCGCUAAGAGCCCCAGUGGUCGCGCUGCAUGGGCAAUGCCUGAGACAGAUAGGAGGGACUCCAACACCUCCACCUCCUCAACUGGAAACAAGCAAACCGAAGGCACUGCGCCUAACCUCCCAAGCCUAGGCGAGCGUCGCCGCAGCUCCGGCGGAUCUGCAAAUGGCCUCUUCUCGCAUCUGCAAUCACAGAAGCGUGAAUCUACAGACGCAAAUAUGGCUACCCGUCGCGCGAGCUGGAAUGAGCAGGCUGCUAAGGGGGGUAUGUUCUCGAAGUGGUGGGAGGGAUACACCCGUGGUAGUGGUAGCAAAUAG